AUGAAGAAGGCUGGAAAUCAUGUCACAAACCGUGCUGCAAUAAAGAAGCUACUAGAUUCACUUCCCAAGGAAUGGAGCCUACAAUGCAUGAUGAUCAAGAAGGAUUUCCUCAACAAUCCAAAUCCUGUCACUCUGUCUGACUUGAUUAACACCCUAAGAACCUUUGAAAUGGAUGUCAACAAAAGAGAGAUGAACACUGCUGGUUACCCACCAAAGUCAACUCAAACCUCUGCCGGAUUGAAAAACGUGGCGUUUCUUGCUUCAGGUGGCAUCACUCCACAAGCUUCUGAUUUAAUCUAUGAAAACGCUUCCGCAAGCGCAUCGAAAGCUCCACAACCCAGUGAAAAGACCAUCUCGGUUGGUGAUACACAAGCAUUGAAGGUGUCUACUGAAAACGUGGCACUGUUCAACAUGUUUCUAAGCAGCUAUGAAGCUUUGAUGUCUGGAGAACUGAAGAAGGAAAUGCUCACUGCCGAAGACAUGUAUCAGAAAUUUCAAGACAAAAUAGGAAAGCAUUUGGGUCUUGGAAAAGCUGGUUUUGACAAAUCUAAACUUAGGUGCUAUAACUGCAAGAAUCUGGGUCAUUUCAAGCGUGAUUGUCCUCUGUUGAAGGAAGGAAACAGUGAAACCACUCCUGCUGUAAAGCAAAUCACAGUUGAAGAAAACAAGAGCAACACAUCUCCUAGCACGCCAAAAGCUUUAGUCGUCGAAGACUAUGAUUGGAGUGAAGAAAUUGCUGAAACUAAGGAGCAAGUCAACAAAGCUCUUAUGGCAAAAAUCUCAAGCGAGUCCUCACUCAAACAGUUUGAGAAACAAACAAUUGGAAUCCCAAAAGGAGACAACGUUGCGGACAAAGGUUUGAAAAGCAUUCUCACUUCAGUGGAGUCUGAGAAUGAAAAGAAGUGUGGAGAAGCAGAGGAGCAUGUUUCGAAAGAGGCAUCUGAUCAAAAGAAAGGUUUUUGUGAAUCUCCAGUAUUUGUGCUAGAAUUGAAAAGGAAUAGUUUUGGAAAAUUCCUCACAGAGGAGAUUCCCGAAUUUAUUCCUUCUAGAACAAGUAUGACAGACUCAGAAAAGAACGUCACUGAAGAUCAUGGCAAUGAAGACUCAAGCACCACUGUCUCAGAAGAUGAGCAGAGAUCAGAAAGUUCAAGUGAAGAUCAAACAACAAGUAGUGAAAGUCUUGAAUCCUCAAGUGAAGAUCAACCCACCAAUGAUGAAAGCUUCGAAUGUUCAAGUUCUGAAACCAUUGAAGACCAAGACUCAGAAAGUUCAAACAAAUAUCAAAGCUACAAUAAGUCAAGUUACGAAGCAAGUGAAGAGCAAAGCUCAAGCGAGGACAACACGUCUGAAGUUCAUUCGAUUCAGACAAAUAAACUCCAGAAAUGGCUUCGUAUGCUCAUGGAGUACAUCUGGCAUGUGGACAGCGGAUGUUCAAGACACAUGACUGGAUUGAAGGAACUUCUGAAAAACUUUCGCUUCAUCGAUGGUGAUUUCGUAUCUUUCGCUGGAGACGAGAAAGGAGGAAAGAUCGUUGGAGUAGGAGAUGUGGUGUCUGAAGCCCUCACGUUGGAGAAUGUCAACUAUGUUCCGGAGCUGUGCUACAAUCUCAUGAGUGUCUCAUAA